AAAACUUAGAUGUUGGAGAAAUUUAUAUUUUCAAGGAAUUAUUAUGGGAAGUUUCUAAAUUUUCAUAUGCAAAAACGUUUACUUGUGGGAGAAGCAAAACUGAGAUUGGUGAAUUGACAGUGGCGUCUGGAGUUUAACAAAGGCAGCGAAAAGGAUAAACUCUGGAGAAUUUUUUUUUUUUUUUGUUAGACAAAGGAAUCAGAAGAGGAAUAUUUGGUUUGGUCUUCUAAAAUUCUUUAUUCCUAUUCAAAUUCUAUACACCAAGGAGUGGCUCUACUUGCUUUUUCUACAAGUAGCCGUCUUCUUUAUCAAUCAUCAUCAUUAUCUUGUGCACAUAAAGAUAAAAUAGAUCAUUUCUUUGACUAUUCAAUCCCUUCUCUGUUCCUUCCAGAUUCAAGGCAAAUUAUCUCCUCUUCUGUGACUAUAAGUGUUUGAUGGGGGAUUCUUGUGAAAAUUCAAAUAGAGUUAAACUUCGAGAUGGAAGAUUCUUAGCUUAUAGAGAAAGUGGGGUUCCAAAGGAGGAAGCUAAGUACAAGAUCAUUCUUGUUCAUGGCUUUGGAAGCUCUAAAGACAUGAACUUCUCUGCCUCAAAAGAGCUUAUACAAGAGCUUGGAGUGUAUCUUUUAUUCUACAGCCGUUCUGGAUAUGGAGACUCGGAUGCAAACACCAAACGUUCCCUUAAAAGUGAAGUUGAUGACAUAGCAGAACUUGCAGAUCAUUUGGAGAUAGGACCUAAGUUUUACCUUAUUGGAAUCUCCAUGGGAUCUUACCCAACUUGGGGUUGCUUAAAACACAUACCUCACAGGCUAUCUGGUGUGGCUUUUGUUGCUCCAGUUGUAAACUAUCGGUGGCCAUCGCUUCCUAAGAAGCUUAUUAAGAAAGACUACAGGAGAGGUAUUAUCAGAUGGUGUUUAAGAAUAUCAAGAUUUGCACCUGGACUGUUACAUUGGUGGGUUGUACAAAAGGUCAUACCAUCAAACAGUUCGGUUCUUGAGAGCAAUCCAGUCUACUUCAACAGCCAUGACGUGGAGGUGCUCAAGCGAACCACCGGCUUUCCCAUGCUUACUAAGGAUAAGCUACGUGAAAGAAACGUUUUCGAUACACUAAGAGACGAUUUCAUGGCUUGUUUCGGGCAAUGGGACUUCGAACCAGCGGAUCUAAACAUCACACAAGAGAGCUCUGUCCACAUCUGGCACGGUAAGGAAGACAAAGUCGUCCCGUUUCAGCUUCAAAGAUGCAUUCUCCAGAAGCAGCCUUUGAUCAACUACCACGAGAUCCCUCAAGGCGGACAUCUCAUCGUCCACUACGACGGCACUUGCGACGCGAUCCUACGCUCUCUAUUGCUCGGUGAAGAACACAAAAUGUACAAACCAGUUCUUCAACUCAACGUUUGAAUUGAUGAAACAAACCAUGUACAAACAAAAAAAGAUUCUUGAUUCUUGAUUCAAAAGCGUAACAAUGACAAUUACAUUAUGUAUAAAAAGUGUGUGUGUUUGAAUGAA